UACUCACUUUAAGGUGGCCAAAUUGCUGGACUUUUUCUCGUGCAGGUAUAGUCGGAAAUUCGACGGAAACUCGAACUUCGUCGUCGGAAUGUGGAACUCACGCGCUAUUCUCUGUUUACUCUCUCUUCUGCAUUCUCUUCUUCUUCAUUCGGUGCUGCCUCUGGUCUCUGCUCAAGGAUCCAAAACCACCCCUUGGAACACUCUCUCCGGAAGUCCACCAUUGGUCAUAGCACGCGGUGGGUUUUCUGGGAUAUAUCCUGAUUCCAGUGAUCUUGCAUAUAGUCUUGCUGCACAAACUAGUUUAGCAAACGUCAUUGUAUGGUGUGAUGUGCAAUUAACGAAAGAUAGAGAGGGAAUCUGCAUUCCAAGCAUCAAACUUGAAAAUGCUACUGACAUUGGUCAUAUUUCUAAAUACAAAAGUAAGACUUAUUCAGUUAAUGGUGUACAAACCAGUGGCUAUUUUUCUGUCGACUACACACUAAAGGAGCUGCUUUCGAAUGUCAUUUUGAUUCAGAGAGAUUAUACCCGAACAAACAAGUUUGAUCGCAGUAAUUGUCGAAUUCUUACUGUGAAUGAUUUGGUUAGAACGGAAGCUCCAAACCCACCAGGAUUGUGGUUGAAUAUUCAGCAUGAUGCAUUCUAUGCACAACACAAUUUGAGUAUGAAAAAUUUUGUACUUACUGUUUCUAGAACAGUAAAUGUCAGUUAUAUUUCAUCACCUGAAGCUAGUUUCCUGAGAAGUUUAAGGGCACACGUCAACCCAAGCAUAACAAAACUGGUCUUUAGGUUUCUGGAAAAAGAUAAAGUAGAUCCAUCAACCAAUCAGACUUAUGGUUCGCUGUUAAAAAAUUUAACAUCUAUCAAGACAUUUGCUUCAGGAAUACUUGUUCCCAAAGAGUACAUAUGGCCUGUAGAUCCAUCAAGUCUUUAUAUACUACCACAUACAUCUUUGGUCUCUGAUGCGCACAAAGUGGGGCUGGAAGUCUUUGCCUCAGAUUUUAUGAAUGAUCUCUCAAUCAGCUAUAAUUACAGUUAUGACCCUGUUGCUGAGUACCUCAAUUUCAUUGACAACGGAAACUUCUCUGUUGAUGGUGUGCUGUCUGAUUUCCCUCUAACUCCAUCUGAAGCUAUUGACUGCUUUGCUCACAUAGGCCUCAAUGCUCCAAAGAAAGUUAACACUUUGGUUAUUUCAAAAUAUGGAGCAAGUGGAGACUAUCCUCCUUGUACCGACUUAGCAUAUGAGAAGGCUAUUUCAGAUGGUGUGGAUGUUCUUGACUGUCCUGUUCAAAUGUCCAAGGAUGGAAUACCUUUUUGCUUAAGCUCUAUUGAUCUUAUAGAGAGCACAAAUGUUGCUCAAUCAAGUUUCAGCAGACUAGGCAAAACUAUCCCAGAGAUCAAAUCUGGCAAUGGAAUAUUUACAUUCGACUUGGCAUGGGAUAAUAUAAAAAGCUUGAGCCCCUUAAUGUUGAACCCACAUUCUAUUAACAGUUUGUAUAGGAACCCAGAAUACAACAAGAAGGGGCAAUUUUUAACACUGUCAGAUUUCUUGAACUUGAUAAAAACUCAUACUUCCACACUAAAUGUUAUGAUCAUCAUUGAGAAUGCAGCCUAUCUUGCAAGGAAACAAAACUUAAGUGUGACUGAUGCAGUCAUUGAUACUUUGAGCAAAUCAGGUUAUGAUAAACCAGGGGCUCCAAAAGUUAUGAUUCAAUCCACUAAUAGUUCUGUGCUAUUGAAAUUCAAGGAGAAAGCCAAAUACGAGCUUGUCUACAAGAUUGACGAGAUAGUUGGUGGUGCUGUUGAUUCAGCUAUUUCGGAUAUCAAAAGAUUUGCUCAUUCUGUGGUUGUCAAAAAGGAAUCUGUAUAUCCUGUUAGUGAAUUAUUCGUGAUUGCCUCUACAAAGAUUGUAUCGAAGUUCAAAUCUUCCAAUCUCUCUGUAUACGUGGAAACAUUCAGCAAUGAGUUUCUAUCUCAGGCAUGGGAUUUCAUGUCAGAUGCAUAUGUGGAGAUCAACACAUUUGUUCAAGAUGCUGCAAUUGACGGUGUUAUCACAGACUUUCCAAAAACAGCUAAUAGAUAUAGAAGGAACAAAUGCUUAAAUUUGGGCGAUAAGACACCUAUGUACAUGGAACCAGUUCAAGUAGGUGACCUUUUGCAAGUCAUGGAUAAAUCUCUCUUGCCACCAGCUCAGGCUCCAGCCCCUCCCUUGACUGAAGAUGAAGUGACAGAACCCCCUUUGCCUCCACUUUCUAAAAUUGCCCCAUCAAGCCCUAUUUCUGGAACUGAAGCAGGAGCACCACCACCGCGAAAUGCACAGGCUAAGGUCACUGUCUGCAUCUUUUUAUCCACUCUGACAUUGCUUGUAGCUUCUCUCGUGCUUUAAGUGAUGCUGCAUGCUUCCUAAUUCCCAGUUAAAAAACAAAAUAAAAACUAAAUUUGAAAGAAAGGGUUGGUUAUUCUGGAUGUAGCCCUCUAGUUCCCCUAUUUCUUUCUUGGUUAAGCAGAAUGAAGCUUUUGUCUCAGACUGCUUGUAUAGUCCUGAUUUCUUACUUGUAGCGGUAAUUUAUUUCCAUUAGCUGUUGUAGUUAGGUUUAUUCCCCUUCUCCUUCCUCUUCCUGUUGUAGCAGUAACAUAUGGAGUAGGAAACAACUUUUGGGAAUUAGGAAAUCCGAUUAUGGUCAAUCUUUGGCUGGUGUUGGAAACUAUGUUUUCUACAAUAGUUAUUGAUUCUAAAGUGCCAUAUAUUAUUAAA